UAUCAAGAGAAGAAUCUUUUAUGUCAGUCAAUGAUCUAAAUGAAGAAUCAAACUCAAAUAAUCAAAUAAGCAUACCAGAAGUUUUUAAUUCUAGAUCUCUAGCUGAUCCUCAUUUUGAAUAUGUUAAUUCAUCAGCAAAAAAAGCUAUAGAUCAACUUUAUAUCAAACAUAAUUUUAAUAAUGAUAAUGAAAUUUUAAAAGAUAAAGAUACAAAUAAAUUAAAUAAUAUAAUUUUUAGA